UUGCAAAUUGCAAAGCAGCAGCCACUUCGCCGUCUGAUCUCGCCUCCUCAACCCGAAAAUGGCAACCCAGAUGAGCAAAAAGCGAAAGUUCGUAGCUGACGGAGUUCUCUUCGCCGAGCUGAAUGAGGUGCUAACCCGUGAGCUGGCAGAGGACGGUUACUCCGGAGUCGAAGUUAGGGUUACCCCUAUGCGUACCGAGAUCACCAUCAGAGCCACCCGGACCCAGAACGUUCUCGGUGAGAAGGGGAGGAGGAUCAGAGAGCUGACCUCAUUGGUACAGAAGCGGUUCAAAUUCCCGGAGAACAGCGUCGAGCUUUACGCCGAGAAAAUUAAUAACAGAGGGCUUUGCGCUAUUGCCCAGGCUGAGUCUCUCCGCUUCAAGCUCCUAGGUGGUCUUGCUGUUCGGAGGGCCUGCCGUGGUGUACUGAGAUUUGUCAUGGAAAAUGGAGAUAAGGGAUGCGAGGUGAUAGUUAGGGCGCAACGUGCAAAGUCCAUGAAGUUCAAGGACGGCUACAUGAUUGCUUCUGGUCAGCCAGUCACCUUGGCCGUCAGUGAAUAUAUAGACUCGGCUGUGAGACAUGUUCUUCUGAGAACAUUCUCAUUGGGGUAUCAGGUCAAGAUAAUGCUGGAUUGGGAUCCCAAGAGUAAGGUGGGACCCACAACUCCCCUAGGGCCUAGAUCUUGUUACAAUCCACGCUCCCAAAGACAAAGAGAAACAUUUCCGGGCACCAGUGAUGGCAGCUGA